CGAAGGAACCGGAGGGAAGGAGGAGGAGGAGGCGCUUCAGGAAACUGGCUGGGUGGGGUUCAGCGGAGGGAAGGGGCUUCCGAAAACCGGGCGCGAGGCUCGUCCCCUCGGAGGAGAGAGCGGGAGAUCUGCGCCCAGAGGCCCGAAAGGUCUGGCGGGCGGGGCGGAGCGGAGCCGCGGGGCGGGCUCGGGCUUUUUUUUUUUUUUUUUUUGCCAACGAAGCACCGUGAAGAAAUCCUGUUGUGAAUAAUUGCAGUUGAAAAACACGGGUCAAACAUGGCUGAGUUGUCACCUGAAGAAAUUCAACUGAGAGCCCAUCAAGUUACAGAUGAGUCUUUGGAAAGCACAAGGAGGAUCCUUGGCAUGGCCAUUGAGUCACAAGAUACUGGAAUCAAAACCAUUACCAUGUUAGAUGAACAAGGCGAAAAGUUAAACAACAUAGAAGAAGGUAUGGAUCAAAUAAACAAAGACAUGAAAGAAGCUGAAAAGAACUUGACAGAGCUUAAUAAGUGCUGUGGUCUCUGUGUCUGUCCAUGCAAUAGAACGAGGAACUUUGAGACUAGUAAAACAUAUAAGACAACAUGGGGUGAAAACUCAGGUGAUCAUAUAAUAACCAGACAACCAGGACGGGGAGAAAAUUACCAACAACAGACCUCAGGAGGACCAAAUGGAGGAUACAUAAAGCGGAUAACAAAUGAUGCCAGAGAAGAUGAGAUGGAGGAUAACUUAACUCAAGUGGGACACAUCUUGGGAAAUCUGAAAAAUAUGGCUGUGGAUAUGGGCAGUGAGAUUGAUUCACAAAAUAAGCAAAUAGACCGAAUAAAUGUGAAGGCUGAAACUAACAAAGACCGUAUUGAGCAAGCCAAUGCAAGAGCCAAAAAGCUUAUUGAGAACUGAUAGCCAUUGCCAGUUUUCAGUCAACUGAAAUCUUUUCUCAUUCUACAAAUAUCCUCACUUUCCAAAGAAGAGAAGCAAUGUUCAGAAAAUGAAACAAAGCAGAACACUAUUGUAUUGUACAUGUUUAGCAUGAAAAUCCAGGAAAACAGCACAACAGAAAUGUAACUUUCUUAUUAAUGUUCAUAUCCUCAGGGCUUCAUUUUUCUUGGUUUUGUCCUUUCUGUGAGGUUAGUCUUACCACCACCACCACUCUUUUUUUUCCUUUCCUUUCCUUAUGGCAACUCAGAGAUAAGAGUGCAAACUGACUGAUUAUAAAGGCAGAGAAUGCACUCACUAAAUUUAAUUACCUCACUUAAUACUGCAUUAUCAUCGCUGAAUUGGUGGAUGAUGGAUUUUCAUGAAAUGUACAUAUUUGUAGAAAUUAAACUUGCUCCUACUUUUUCAAAACAUUUGAUUUCAUUACCAAGUUUUUCAUAAAAAGGAAAGAUGAUAAUGGAUAUAAAGUAUACUUUCAAGCCAUAGCUAUUCUAAUUUGCAUGCAAAUUAGGUAAAUAAGCAUACAAAAAUCCAUAAUGCAUAAAUGCAACUUAGACAAAUUUAAACAUUUGUCACUUUUGUCUCCAAAAGAUUGGAUUUUUCAAUCCUUAUUUCUUUUGCUUCUUUCACAGAAACUAUGUAUGUUAGUGGAAUUAGAGGAAAGGGCAACUCAGACAGCUUGACUAGGAGCAUGUUACCCUUGGUUAUUUGGAAUCUCAUGAGAUUGCAAGGAAAUUAAAAUAUGCCUUUAUAUAAAUAUCCUGAACCUCUGCCAUUUUUAAACAGUGUAUUUGUAGGUAUUAAUACUGCUGAGAUUGGUCUAUGAAAUCUCUAUGUGGAUCUUUUAAAACAUUUUAUCAGAAAUGCACAAAAUUCAUAAAAGUAUUCCUUAUAGAAAUGUAUUAUCCUUUUAAUAUAAACAAUCCAUACAAUCUGUACAAAUCUGUAGAGGGCAGCAUAUUGUGAUUUCAAUACUGUAUUUAUUUAAAAAAAUAUUGGGGCUUAAAUCAUCAAAAUCAGGGUACAAUCUUAAGUUGAAUGAAGUCAAAAGCCAUCUUCUUAGUGAUAUUAAUAACUACUGUUUCACAUUUUCUAUCUGGACCAUACAUUCUCAUUCACUUUUCAAAGAAAUCUGUUUCAAGCACUGCUUUAUUAUUAAAAUUGACCUGAAUUUGAUCCAAUUCACAAAAUUUUAAUGGUGGUAUGGUUCUGCAGGCAUCACAAAAUAUGAUUUAUUGUAUUUGAAUUGCUGCUUAUCAGAUUUUCUUUAAAAAUGUUAGUAUGUAGAAGGAUCCAAGGGAAACUGCUAUGAAUCACUGUUAAUGAGCUGUGAGCUGUUGAAUAGGUCACAUGGUGUAGUUUGCUGUAAUAAGUACUUGACCUAGAGCCUAUUUCAGUUUACUCCUAUUUCAGGAUUAAGGUUCUUGAUUUGGUUUCUCUUUCAUAUCUAUACAAAUGACCAAAUUUCAAAACUUCUAGAUGCCCAGUCUUUCGCAAGAAAGGUUUAAUUCUCUUCUAAUUAAGAAUCCACCAAAUUGUUGAUUUAUUCAACGGCACAAUAUUUAGCAGAACUUGUAUUUUAUUCAACUUGAAGCUAUAAAGUUCUAGUCCUUGCAUGUUUUGCUGCAAGUCAAAGGAUUACCUGCAACAAUCUAGAUACUAUAAAGAAGCUCAAAACAAAUUAAUUGUACUGUGAUUAUUCUUAAUUUCUUCAUGCUUUGUUUCUUCAUUCCAACUGAAUGUUUAAUUUUUAUUAUAAAGCUUAGUCUUCUAUAUAACCUUGUACAAUGGAAUGCUGGAAUUGUAGUAUAGUGCAAAAACCGGGCACAUUCCUCUCAAAUUAUGUUUAUUAAUACCAAAACGAAUUACAGGAUUUGGCUGGAAAAUAUAUGUUUUUAGCUAUAAUGUAAAUUAAUGCCCAAGAUGUCAUGUAUACUUGCUGGGCUGAAUAUAAUUUAUAAAUCUUUUCACUCUUCAAAUACCUGUGUAAAUCUGAAUGGCCUUAAACUGUCCUAGGCUGUGUAAUAGACACGCCCUAUAAAUGUUUUUGCCUGCAGCUAAGGAUCCAGCUUCUAGUUCCCUAUGGAGUCCAGAAGGUGAACCAUUACUAAGUUCCAUUGACAUGGGCUGAUGGGAUAGUCACCUUUGCUAAAAAAAA